AUGGCGACACCACGGCUCCCAUUUCUGUAUCCAAACCUCAUGCGGGCUGUCCGGUCAUCAUUCCACUCUACUCGCCGCCGCGAAGAGUCAAACUUCCACCGCCGAUAUGGCCCAGCUGUCGAGCCGAAUAUACCUCCACCAAACCGUCCGAAAGACCGUGCACAGCAGGUGGAUGAGCCUUCCUCCCAUGCCAAAGACGAACGGUCUGUCGAUGAAGACUCAGGUUCUUUAUCAGAGGAGGCAACGGACCAACCAGAGUCGCAAACUGCCUCGGAAAGCCAGCCUGCAGAACCAGUGAAAGAUACCGCCGAUGCAGCAUCGUCCGGUCUUUCAGAACAGGCAGCCGCAGAUGCAUCCAAGCCAAGUAAAUCGGCGGAGUCUCAACAAGGAACAGAAGCCUCCGAAAUGCAGGAAGAGAUGGCGCAGGAUGAAUCUUCACAGAAAGACGCUUCUACGUCAUCGCCGGACCCUAUAGGCGAGGAAAUGUCGCAAAUGUCGCCAUACGCCAACACAAGCGCUUUCGAUGAGGUUUAUCACAUGCCUUCCCCGUCCACUUCGCUCUCUCCAACCGAACCGUCACCGGAACAUAAGCCGCCCCAUAUGUCCCCCGCACCAUACGUUCACCAUUUCGAUACAUAUUCCCUCGUUUUGGAUCUCUCCAAGGCGGACGUGGAGAAUGAGUCGUACCUUUUCAAGGCCGCAUGCUCUGAACUUACGCAGUCCUUGCAUAUGGCAAGAAACGCAGAGAUACAGAGACAGCGGACUUCAAGAGCCCAACUGCAACAUGAACUCGAUAUCCUUUCUCAGCGUUUGAACCAAGAACUCCAAGGCAUGAAAGAUGAGAUUAAGGGCAUGUUUAAUGACCACAAAAUGGCUACAAGAGAGAACCAAAGAGUGAUCGACACCAUGGUACAGGAGCUUAACUACAAAAUCACUGUUUCGCUCAACAGUGAUAGUAAGAGCGAAAUCGAAGGGCUGCGCUGGAUUCUGACUAGACGCGCUGCUUUGACCGUCGGCAUCUGUGCCUUAAUGAUCAUUCUUUUCUUGAAAUACUCCUCUACUCGGAAAGCCGAGUCCCCGAAGGUCAUCAAAGAAGUCGAGAAGCCUGUGGUGAAAGAAGUCACUCAGGAAGCUCGUGUUGUUCAUGAUGCUGCUGUCCAAGCAAACCUUGCUGGGACCGAACCACUUCUUGGCGAAUCUCUUGGCUGA